GGCCUGCCAUAUAAGAACCUGAUGACCCAUCAUGAGGAACCAAAACAUCGGAAUUUGAUCAGCACAUAUGAUGACCAUUUCAACCGGCAUGGCUACAACCCUGCCUUGCCAGCAAUCCGUAGCUGGAAUGGGCAGAAACUGGCGUGGCUGCCAGAGAAGUCGGACUUUCCCCUUCUUGCUCCCCCCACCAACUAUGGCCUCUUUGAGAAUCUCACAAAGAAAUGGCAAGAGCCUACGAAGACUCACCCUAUGACCAGUGCUUACACCUUGUCUUACAUAAGACACCCAGUGUCUGCUCUGUCCGGGCACGAACACGCAAUCCCAGUUCCUCCUCCCCGCCUCCAGUGA